AUGGACACGCCACGACCACGGCAGCCGCCAGAGGAGGUGCUGGCGGACGGCUCCGGCCGGCCAGGCCUCGGCCGCGGCCACACCCACCGCCUGUCCGGGCCACCGUCCUCCCUGGACGGCAGACAACUGCCCCGGGCCUCUCCCCGGAGGCCGUUGGCCGAGAAGCUGCUGACCAGCCACGGCGCCGAGGCUUUCUGCCGGGCUCCAGGCCGACACGACCACAAAGCCCUCUGCACUUCCCCCAAGCCGGAGCCUCCUGACAACACUCAGGUGGUCAUCGGAGACCAUGACGGGGUGGUCCUGUGUUUCGGCGUGAAGAAAGGAGCCGCAGUGGCCGUGUUCAAGACUUUGCCGGGGCCCAAGGUCGCAAGACUGGAACUCGGAGGGGUCCUGAACACCCCUCAGGAGAAAAUCUUCAUUGCCGCGGGUUCUGAGAUCAGAGGCUUCACCAAGAGAGGGAAGCAGUUCCUCUCCUUCGAAACAAACCUCACCGAGAGCAUCAGAGCUAUGCACAUAUCUGGCUCAGACCUGUUUCUCAGCGCAAGUUACAUCUAUAACCACUACUGUGACUGCAAAGACCAGCAUUACUACCUCUCCGGGGACAAGAUCAACGACGUGACCUGCCUCCCGGUGGACAGGGUCCCGCGCCUCACGCCCGUGCUGGCUUGCCAGGACAGGGUGCUCAGGGUCUUGCAGGGCUCUGAGGUGCUGUACGAGACCGAAGUCCCCGGCCCGCCGACGGUGCUCAUGCCCCACAACGGAGACGGCGGCGACUCUGGAGAAGACCUCUGGUUUGGAACGUCAGAUGGGAAACUUGGGCUGAUUCAGAUCACUUCGUCCAGACCGAUACACAAGGGCGAAAUUCGGAAUGAGAAAAAAAGGGGAGGAAUUCUGUGCAUGGACAGCUUUGACAUCGUGGGUGAUGGGGUCAAGGACUUGCUUGUGGGGCGGGACGACGGCACGGUGGAGGUGUACGGCUUGGAUGAGGCCAGCGAGCCUGUUCUGCGCUUCGGCCAGGUGAGCCCGCGGGAAGCCCCGGGCCGAGAGCGGCACCGGGGCGUCCGCGCGAGGGGGCCGUCUGCGCCCGGGUUGGGGGCGUCUGGCUCAUACAGGAAGCAGCGGCGACUCGAGGCCCGCGCAGCCUGUUUUCCUGUUGGCGUUCGCGCCCCGAGGAUCAGCAGCGGGAACACCCGAGCGGGUUCCCGCAGAGCGGUGGCGCACGGGCCUUGCGGGGUGUUUCCCGCCUCAGUCAGGGCCGGGGGCCGGGGGCGCGGGCAGGUCAGCAGGCUGCGCCGGGGCCCUGUGCUCUGGGGUGACGCGGCCUCCCGGAGCGGCUGCGCGGGUGGCCUGAGCGCGGGGCCCGCGCUGCGGCCUGUGGUGCGGCGUCCUCCGAAGACUCCGCCCUGGGCCCCAAGGCCGUCCACCGCACUUGCUCAGCGUAGUGACCGCCCCUUUGCUGUGAGCGUCCGGUGUCUUCCGCGACUUUGGUGUGUGGGGAGCGAUGGCCACAGCGGUUCCGGGGGACAGAACGCCUGGGCCCCGCAGGCAGGGCGCACCCCGCGCCGGGCCGGUGCUUUGCCUCGCCGCCAGCCCUCCCGGGGGCGGCUGUGUGUGACCUUGCGCGUAGAGAUGCUAGAGCCGCUUCAGGAAUGUCCUGCUUGUGGGCUGAGUCAGAGCCGAGAACCCGGAAACGAGAUUCUCACGCCGGCGGGCAUGGGAAGCCCAGGUGUUGGGCCCGUGGCCCGGCGCCCCGAAGGCAGUGAGCAGCGAGCCCUCACGCUGCAGUCCCGCCGCGGCCCCCCACCAGCCCCAUUGACCCGCAGGCCCAUGAACACGCUGACGCUAACGGGCCAGUUCAGUUUCGCGGAAAUCCACUCCUGGGUGGUGUUUUGCCUGCCGGAAGUCCCCGAGAAGCCUCCGGCGGGGGAAAGCGCCACGUUCCACUUCCAGAACACCUUCCUGGACACCCAGCUGGAAAGCACAUACAGGAAAGGAGAAGGCGUUUUUAAGUCUGACAACAUCUCUACCAUAUCCAUCCUGAAAGAUGUGCUCUCCAAAGAGGCGACAAAGCGGAAGAUCAACCUCAACAUAUCCUACGAGGUGGACGAGGCGUCAGUCAGACACACGCUGCAGCUGAUCCACCCGAAGCUGGAGGGCCAGCUGCUGCUGGCCAAGAAAGUGCAGCUGAUCGACGCUUUGCGAGAACUACAGGUUCACGAGGGGAACGCGGACUUUCUGGUCCCGGAGUAUCGCUGCAUCCUGGAGGACGCGGAGCAGCUGCAGGCGGAGUACAGAAAGCAGCCCGCCCGCCUGGACCGGCUCCACGGCAUGAUCACCGAUCUCUUCAUCGACAAGUUCAAAUUCAAAGGCACUAACGUGAAGACCAAAGUACCGCUUCUGCUGGAGAUUCUGGACAGUUACGACCAAGAUGCUCUGAUCGCCUUCUUUGAAGCUGCCUGAAAUACAAGCAAGGUAAAGGUCAAGGGAGGGCUGCUUCAGGCGAAAGCGGCCGGUGCCAGGGCGGCGGUGCCAGGGCGUGGCCGUGGCCGUGGCCCCGCGGACGCUCUUCACAGACAGGCCGAGUGCGUCCUGGUAAUGCCUGCUUUUGUCAUGAACCUUGUAAAAAUAAAGGAGCCUGUCACCUGCGACACAGGUGGAAUGACCGCAA